AUGAAUGACCAGUACCACCGAGCCGCCCGGGAUGGCUACCUGGACCUGCUGAAGGAAGCCACCAAGAAGGACCUGAACUCACCAGAUGAGGAUGGCAUGACCCCGACCCUAUGGGCCGCCUACCACGGCAACCUGGAUGCCCUGCGCCUGAUUGUGAGCAGAGGGGGCGAUCCAGACAAAUGUGACAUCUGGGGGAACACCCCUCUCCACCUGGCAGCAGCCAACGGCCACUUGAACUGCCUCUCCUUCCUCAUCUCCUUUGGGGCCAACAUCUGGUGCCUGGACAAUGACUACCACACCCCCCUGGACAUGGCAGCCAUGAAGGGGCACAUGGAGUGUGUGCGGUACCUGGACUCGAUUGCUGCCAAGCAGAGCAGCCUCAACCCCAAGCUGGUGAGCAAACUGAAGGACAAGGCCUUUCGGGACGCCGAGCGGAGGAUUAAGGACUGCGUGAAGCUGCAGAAGAAGCACCACGAAAGGAUGGAGAAACGGUACAGAAAGGAGAUGUCAGAUAAUUCGGAUACCAUGAGCUUUUCCAGCUAUUCAAGCAGCACCUUAAGCAAGAAGUUCCAGCACAUGUCUAUGGUGACUUCCCUGCCAUACUCACAAGCCACCAUCCAUGGCACAGCCAAGGGAAAGACGAAAAUACAAAAGAAAUUAGAGAAGAAGAAGCAGGUGGACGGGACAUUCAAGAUCUACGAAGAUGGAAGGAAAAGCGUGCGGUCUCUGUCUGGUCUGCAGCUGGGAAAUGACGUCAUGUUUGUGAAGCAGGGCACGUACGCCAGCCCCAAGGAGUGGACUCGCCGCAAUAUCCGAGACAUGUUCCUUACGGAUGAAGACACUGUCUCCCGUGCCAUAAGCGACCCAGGUUUGCACAUGGACUCAGCCCACUCGGAGGUCAGCACCGACUCUGGACACGACUCCUUGUUCAACCGCCCCGGGCUGGGCACCAUGGUGUUCCGGCGCAACUAUGUCAGCAGCGGGCUCUUCGGGAUCGGCCGGGAGGACGGGGGAGCGCUGGGGGAGGACAGCAGCGAUGGGAUGGGGGUCAAACUGCAGAGCCGCCUGCAGCGCUCGCCAAGUCUCAAUGACAGCAUUGGCAGUGCCAACAGCCUGCAGGAGAGGAACGCAGAGGAGCUGCCCUGGGAUGAGGUGGAGCUGGGCUUAGACGAUGACGACGAACCAGACACCAGCCCCUUGGAAACUUUUCUGGCUUCCCUGCACAUGUUUGAGUUCAUCUCCAUCCUGAAGAAGGAAAAGAUUGACUUGGAGGCCCUCAUGCUGUGUUCAGACAAUGACCUGAAGAGCAUCAAUAUCCCACUGGGCCCCAGGAAAAAGAUUGUGGAUGCCAUCCAGAGGAGACGACAAACGCUGGAGAAGCCAGACGUCAUUGUAGACACUGAACUGUAA